GCUCUUCUUCUUCCCGCUGCAGCCACCCAAAGAAAAAAAAAGGGAAACCCAGCCAUGCCUUGGAAAAUUGGUAAGGAAGCUUGGUAUUUUCCCCUUCCUUUCUUGUUCUAGAACCCAUAAAGAACCCAGAAAUUUCCCCUGCCCCUGCUGGAAAACCGGAUCUGCUAUGCUCUGCUCCUCACCGCCGGCUGCUCUUGAUUGUGGGUGAUUUCUGGGCAUUUUUUUCGAUCCCGCCGGCCUUCCCCAAUCUGCUAGCUCCGGUUCCUUGCUUGUAAAUUCUGGUUUCCGAUCGUUCUGUCAGUUAGCACUGAGAUCGAGUGUUCGAUUUAUGUGAGUGAGAUAAGUAAAUUUAUGGUAAUGCCCGUACUGUUUUAAAAGCAUGUUUUGAUUUGUUUUUGAAGUGGUGGCGGGACUAAACCCGUUUUACACGAGCAUGAUUGAUUUGAAGUGAAAUGUUUAUGCUUUUCAUUAAAUUGAGCAUGCCUACUUGAGAUUUGAUUGAUUGUCCUGAUGAUCUGAAAGUGAUUAGUGAAUUAUGAAUUUUCUGUUAACCUUUGCCUGUUUUGUCUCCGAUAUGGUCAUGUUAUUCGUGUGCCCGCUAGUGGGAGGUUUAUAAACGCUAGCACAUGUCGACAUGUUACUGAUAGAACCGGUUCGUUUCUGUAACCCUGCUAGUGGGGGUUAUACACUAGUAAUUUCUGUAGCCUGUCAGUGGGAGGUUUAUAACACUGGCCGUGACCUAUAGAGGAGACGUCUAUUUCGUGCCCGUACUGUAUCUGUUUUCGUGAUUGUACUUGUUGGCAUGCUUUAAGUUUGAUUAAGGGCACUCCAUAUUUACUUACUGAGUUUAUCUCAUAGUUUUUCCUUGUCCACCAUUUCAGGAAGUGAAACCGAGGACGGGGAAACCACGGGAAGUGACGAGUUAGAAAGCUAGCCAUUUUGAGAUUGAUAGAGAUUUUAAAAAUAAAUCAUGAUCUUGUAAAUCAGAGUGUAUUUGGAGAUUUUAUGAUAUCAGAGCAAUUAUAGAAUUUGAUCUUCAGAUUUUGUGGUAUCAGAUUGUGAUAGGAAAAGUUCCGAGCCUUGUGCAUUUGUGGGACCCGUCUCAUGAGUGCACGGCGUCUGUCGCGCCUCGAAUUUGGGUUUU